CGCGUUCAAAAAUCCGAUUCCCCCAUUUCUCAUCCCCUCUCUCACUCGCUUUCUCUGUGAAUUCCUCCCUUGUCGAUGGACUUCAACCGGAACCGGGAUCUACAGGACGUCCAGGAGAAGAAGGGCCAAAAGCGAAAGCUGGAGGACGAGGCCGCCGGCGACAGCGAGAUCUCGGCCUCCGCCGGCGACGGCGGCCGGCAGUCGCUGCUCAGCGAGGUGGCCGCGCAGGUUGAGGUCCUGGAGUCCGCCUUCUCCUGGACCGAGGCCGAUCGAGCCGCCGCCAAGCGCGCCACGCACGUCCUCGCCGAGCUCGCCAAAAAUGAGGAGCUGGGGAGCUUGCUUGUUGAAGGUGGUGUGGUUCCGGCUCUGGUGAAGCAUUUACAGGCCCCGCCGUCGGCGGAAGGCGACCGGGGUGCGAGGCCGUACGAGCAUGAAGUUGAGAAGGGAUGCGCUUUUGCGCUGGGUCAUCUGGCUGUGAAGCCAGAGCUUCAACAACUUAUAGUCGACUGUGGUGCCUUACCACAUCUAAUAGAUCUGUUGAAGAGGUAUAAAGAUGGUUCAACCACACGAGCUGUCAACAGCUUAAUUAGGAGAGCGGCCGAUGCUAUCACUAACCUUGCUCACGAGAAUAGUAGCAUCAAGAUUCGUGUCAGGAUGGAAGGUGGGAUUCAACCUCUAGUAGAGUUGCUAGAUUUUAUGGAUACCAAAGUGCAAAGAGCUGCUGCUGGAGCAUUGCGUACCCUGGCUUUCAAAAAUGAUGAAAACAAGAAUCAGGUGAUGACUUUUCCAAAAACAUAUUUUCUUGUUUGUUAUUUCGAGAGGAGGAAUUAUGUAAACUCAUUGAAUUUUCAGAUUGUGGAGUGCAAUGCUCUUCCUACUCUUAUUUUGAUGCUCCGUUCUGAGGAUGCUGCAAUACAUUAUGAGGCGGUUGGUGUCAUUGGCAAUCUGGUACACUCAUCUCCAAACAUAAAAAAAGAAGUUCUUGCUGCUGGGGCUUUGCAGCCUGUUAUUGGACUGCUAAGUUCUUGCUGUCCUGAGAGCCAAAGGGAGGCAGCCUUGCUCCUAGGGCAGUUUGCUGCUGCUGAUUCAGACUGCAAGGUUCACAUUGUCCAGAGGGGAGCUGUUCGUCCUUUGAUUGAUAUGCUUCAGUCCGAUGACUUUCAGUUGAGGGAAAUGUCGGCAUUUGCAUUAGGGAGAUUGGCUCAGGACUCUCAUAAUCAAGCUGGUGUAGCUUAUAAUGGUGGCUUGAUUCCAUUAUUGAAGCUUCUUGAUUCAAAAAAUGGGUCCUUGCAGCAUAAUGCUGCCUUUGCACUUUACGGACUUGCAGACAAUGAGGACAAUGUCUCCGAUUUUAUUAGGGUAGGAGGUGUUCAAAAGCUGCAAGAUGGAGAAUUUAUUGUCCAGGCUACAAAAGAUUGUGUUGCCAAGACUUUGAAAAGAUUAGAGGAGAAGAUUCACAGCCGAGUUUUAAAUCAUUUACUAUAUUUGAUGCGUGUAGCAGAGAAGACUGUUCAAAGGCGUGUUGCUUUGGCUCUUGCUCAUCUCUGUUCUCCAGAUGACCAACAAACAAUUUUUGUGGAUAACAAUGGGUUGGAGCUGCUUGUUGGCCUGCUUGUUUGUUCGAGCCCCCGGCAGCAACUUGAUGGUGCUGUGGCAUUGUUCAAGUUAGCUAACAAAGCAAUGUCUCUUUCUCCCGUUGAUGCAGCUCCUCCCUCUCCAACGCCACAGGUUUAUCUGGGGGAGCAGUACGUGAACAACCCUACCCUGUCCGAUGUAACAUUUCUAGUUGAAGGAAGACGGUUCUAUGCACACAGAAUUUGCUUGCUUGCUUCCUCUGACGCAUUUCGUGCAAUGUUUGACGGUGGAUAUCGGGAGAAAGAUGCUAGGGACAUAGAGAUUCCAAAUAUUAGAUGGGAGGUUUUUGAGUUGAUGAUGAGAUUUAUAUACACUGGAUCAAUUGAUGUUACGCUGGAAGUUGCUCAAGAUCUCCUUAGAGCUGCCGAUCAGUAUCUUUUGGAGGGACUCAAGCGACUUUGUGAAUAUUCCAUUGCACAGGAUAUUUCGUUGGAAAAUGUCUCCAGCAUGUAUGAACUGUCAGAAGCCUUCAAUGCUAUUUCCUUGAGGCACUCGUGCAUCUUGUUCAUUCUGGAGCAUUUUGACAAAUUGAGACCUGGGAUUUUCCAUCUCAUCCACCGGAUAUUACCAGAAAUCCAACAGUACUUUGUGAAAGCACUUACUAAAUCUAACCAGCGUAGUACCUUGCGGCUUUAAGACCCCGUGGUUUCGGUCUCCCUACUCUAACUGAUUGUUGUACAGGAAGUGGUAGAUUUAAGAGCAGUUGGCAGCAGGUGGAUGGCUCUAACUGUUUGAUAAUUGGAAGACUCAUAUUCUUUCCCAGACGCAAGAUGUGGACUCCUUGUAAGUUUCCACACAUUUUUGUUGUAAGAUGUAAAACUGGGAUGAUGAUCUUCCCAUUGUUUUCGAAAUCCAAGCAUGUAGCCGUGGAUUAUAAAAAACUCCUUCAAUCCUUAAACGUCAAUGUUAACGUUCUGAGUUAGCUUUGCCGACAUGCCUUAAGUGAAUUGAAUUGGGAUGUUUAAGUAAACAUAAGAAAAGGAAAAUUGGUCGGCCUCUGUUGACUGUUUUCUCGAAACCAAUGAAGAUGAUGAAUAUCGUGUCA